UGGGAACAAUACUUCUCAUCAAUCGAGAAAAUUGUAUUUACUACAAUCGAGAUCCUUGCAGAACGGAUUCUCUUCCAUAAAUCGUCAACGCGACGCGAAGCUUUAAUUUGGAACGCAUCACCUGGCGCCCUCGGGACUCUCGCAGCGUAUGGGGACUCUCGGUCGCACUAUCCUAUAGCGUCGCCUAUCCUCCCCGCCCCACCAGCACCCUCUACGCCCCUGGCACCUCUCCCUGCACCUUCUGUUCCUCUCGCUGCGCCUCCACCGACUCCUGGUAACUCUUUCACAGCAUUACUUUACGCUCAAGCAACAUCACCGGCUUUACAUAAACUGCUCGCCAAUAUAGCAAGCAGUGAAUUUUGUGAAAAGGUGGUGGUAGUGUGGGACAGCGAGCGCGCGGCGCCUUCGCUGAAGUCGUUGUCGCGGCUGGCGGGAGACUUGCGGGAGCCUCUGCCCGUACUCGUCAUAGAUGCCACCACGCAUUAUCCAGGGGAAGGUGUAUCAGCGCGUUGGCAACCGCUUUGGGCGGUACCCACAGCAGCAGUAUUCUCUUUAGAUGGUGACGCGCCUCUACUAGCUGAAGAAUUAGACUUCGCAUUCCUAGUUUGGCGACAUUUCCCAGAGCGAAUCGUGGGAUAUCCUGCGAGGACGCAUUUCUGGGAUGAAGCUAAGACGGCGUGGGGCUACAGCAGCAAGUGGGGCGCGGCGUACUCGCUGGUGCUGCCGGGCGCGGCGCUGGUGCACCGCGCGUGGCUGGCGCUGUACGCGGCGGGCGCGCCGGCGCUGCGCCGCGCCGUGCGCCGCGCCGCCAACUGCGAGGACAUCCUGCUCAACUGCGUCGUGGCGCACGCCGCGCGCCGCCCGCCGCUCAAGCUGGCGCAGCGCCGCCGCUACAAGCCCGCGCACAGCAGAUACAGAUCUUCUUGGAGUGACCCUGAACAUUUCGUCCAGAGGCAGUCCUGCUUGAACACGUUUGCCACGGCGUGGGGUUAUAUGCCACUCAUGCGUUCUGUAUUGCGUCUUGAUCCAAUACUUUUCAAGGAUCCUGUAUCUACACUUAGAAAAAAAUAUAGAAAAAUGGAGUUAGUUACUUUGUAAAAAGCGUAUCUUAUUAUUUAAAUGUAGUAAGUACGUAAUAUGUAUUAAUUUACCAUUGGCUUUAAUAAAUUAAGUUCGAAACUUGA